AUGGGUGAAAAGUAUUACCUCCGUAUGUUAUUAAAUGUUCAACGUGGGCCAUUAAGCUUUAAAGACAUUCGUACGGUUGAUGGUGUUGAGCAUCCAACUUAUAUGUCUGCUUGCAAUGCGUUGGGUUUGUUAGGAGAUGAUGUUGAGUGGGUAGAUUCAAUACGUGAAGCUUCUCAAUGGCAGUUGGGGAAUCAACUUCGUGAUUUAUUUGUCUGCAUUCUAUUGUUUUGUACGGUUAGUAAUCAACGGAGGUUAUUUUUUGAUUGUCUACCUUACUUAUCAGAUGAUAUUGCUUACAAUCGACGCACAAUGCUGCAGAAUGAUGAUGUGGUAUUCACAGAUGAAGAGAUUCUCAAUUAUACAUUGAUUGAGAUUGAAAGAGUUUUAAUUGGUCAUGGUAAAAGUUUAUUAGAUUUUCCUAAUUUGCCUCAAAUUGAUCGUCAAUUGGUUGAUACUAUGGAAAAUCGGUUGAUUAUGGCUGAGCGCACCUUCAAUAUUGAAGAAGAAAUAACGCUUUUUCAUGAUUUAUUUCGUGGAUUGAAUGCUGAACAAAGGGAGGUGUUUGAUUAUGUAUGUGAUUGUGUUGAUAGACGGACGGGUGGUGCCGUUUUUGUUUUUGGUAGUGGAGGGACGGGAAAAACGUAUUUAUGGAAGACUCUCAUUUCCUGUUUUCGUUCACGUGGCCAAAUCGUCUUGUCUGUUGCUUCUUCUGGGAUUGCCUCUCUUCUACUACCUGGUGGUCGUACAGCGCAUUCGCGUUUUAAGAUUCCCUUUGAACUUGAUAAGGAUUCUUGCUGCUUGAUUGAUGUUGGGACGGAUCUUGCUGGGCUGAUUAAUGAUGUUGCGCUUAUAAUAUGGGAUGAGGCACCGCUGCAACAUCGUUAUGCAUUUGAAGCGGUUGACCGUACUUUUAGAGAUAUUUGUCGAAAUAAUAUACCUGGUGCAGACCGUCGAGUAUUUGGAGGGAAAUGUGUCGCUCUUGGAGGAGACUUUCGACAAAUUCUUCCUGUUAUUCCGCUUGCUCCGCGUAGUGAGAUUGUUGCUUCGGUUGUGAAUAAGUCAUCGACUAUAUGGGGUGAGUGUAAGGUGUUUUCUUUAACGAUUAAUAUGCGGUUGAAUAGUUCAAGUGUUAAUAACGAUGUUGUAAUACAGCAUCGAGAUUUCAAUAAGUAG